AUGGGACCAAUCAGAAACGGCUGCCCCACCAUUCCUCCCGAAGGUAUAAGAAGCCGCGAUGCGGGCGGAGUGCAGCAUUCUCUCUGAAAGUGUUUGUGAGAUUGUAAGAAUGUCUGGAAGGGGAAAGGGCAGUGGGAAAAGUCGCGCCAAGGCGAAGUCUCGGUCGUCCCGGGCUGGCCUGCAGUUCCCGGUGGGCCGUGUUCACAGGCUCCUGAGAAAGGGUAACUAUGCUGAGCGUGUGGGUGCCGGAGCGCCGGUCUAUCUGGCUGCGGUGCUGGAGUAUCUGACGGCUGAAAUCCUGGAGCUGGCCGGCAACGCGGCCCGGGACAACAAGAAGACCCGCAUCAUCCCCAGGCACCUGCAGCUGGCCGUGCGCAACGACGAGGAGCUCAACAAGCUGCUGGGAGGGGUGACCAUCGCUCAGGGCGGGGUGCUGCCUAAUAUCCAGGCCGUGCUGCUGCCCAAGAAAUCCGCCGCAGCGGGAGCCGCUAAAAAGUGAAGAGCCCUUUCUUGAAUCUACCAACCCAAAGGCUCUUUUAAGAGCCACUCACAGCAUCUGUGAAAGGAGUUGACCUCUGUCUAAUUACGUAUUUCAGAGCCCUGGGCUUUGUACCUGACAUCGAGGAAAUCCUAUCUCCUUUUCAUUGGAUACUGUUACUGUCAACGCAUACAUUCUCCUCUAAAACAUCCUGCUCUUGUACACGUUGGCGGGCAUUUUCAAAUUUGAAAAUAAGCCGUUGAUGUCUUGACGCCAAUAUUACUUAUCUCCAUCCCCCGGCACCCACGAC